CUGAUAAUGUGUAUAAUAAAAAAAAUUUAUAUACUAUUUGAAAGAUGGUGCACUCUUCAACAUUUAUCUACUGAAUUCACAUUCGGCUAUUAUUUAUAUUAAAAUAUAAAUAAAAUAUUAGAUUUAUAUAUUAAUUUAUAUUUUAGUUAUAUAUUAUAUAAAUGUUCUUUUUAUGUGACUUUUAAUUUUUAGCUAUUAAUAAUAAAUAAUGAAAAAUAUAACUAUAUAGCUUAAAAAAAUAUUAUAUUCUAAAUUAAUAAAUUGAUACCUAAAUCGAUUUAGGUGGUGUUGUUUUGUCAUGUUUAUUAAUUAAUUAUUUGUAAUAAAAAAUUAAUAUAUAUUCUGUCAACUUAACAUUAAUAUAUCGAAAUCGAUUUUUAUGGUUUAAGGUCAUUUCCGUGAUAAAUAUAUCAAUAUUUUUUCAUGUUUAUUAAUUUUUUAGUUUAAGUUUAUGUUUUAACAUUAAUUAGUUUGAAAAUCAAUCUAAGUAUAUCUAUGGUUGUUUAAUUUGAAAAGAAAUAAUACAUGCUAAAAUUUAGGAUUAUGUAGUUUCUCAGUAGCAUUAAAUUGUAAUUAAAUAGUUGUUUUAGUUUAAGAUCAAUUUAGAAAAUUAUUUAUUAAAUAAAGAAAAGACAAAAAAUACUUAAAGGUUGGCUUAUUAAUUAUUUUAGUGGUAUUUCCUUGUAAAUAAAUUAUAAGUUUUAGGGUUAGUUUUUAUUUAUAAUUAUACUUUAAUAACAUAGAUAGAAGAUAAAUGUUUAAAAGUAACUACGCUCUCGCUAAAUGAUUAUCUUAGUGAUAAAUUGUGAUCACGAGGGAUGUCAUGGGUUCUCACAAUAUACUAGAUGCGAAUCCUUCUUGAUCAUAACACACCAGCAAUAAUAUAUAGCCACUAAAAUUUAAAUCGUUAAAAUAUGUAUAGACAUUCGGUCCUAAAAUUUGAUUUAAAGUAUGUGUUGAUCAUUUAGUUGUUUGUAUUGAGAAACCCAAAGAGGUUACGGACUUAAGGUGUGCUUCCCUUCCGAUUCAUGUUAACAAUUGAAACCAAUCAAGCCAUCUACACGACAUCUUCUUCAAGCUUAGCUAAGACGAUUGCAUAGGGUGCAAGUCUAGUCGAUGUUCACCUCUUUUCACUAGAGCGUAUUGAAUGCAAGUCAUUAUUGGGCCUAAAAUGCGAUAGUCUUCAAAACAUGCUAUUAAAUUGUCGGGAUACAUCUGAUUCGAGUAAUCUACAACUGCUAUAGGCCACCAACAAAAAUUAGAACCUUUGAAAAAUCUAAAAAAUCAAUAGUUAUGUUACAAAUCAGUUUGUCUUAUUAGAUUUUGGUAACUGACCUUCACCGACCGCAUGCCCGCAUUUUGGCGUACAAUUUUGUAAAAGGAAACAACAUUUUUUUUUUGCUAAAUUGUAAAUGUCAUUCAUGAAAAUGAAAUGAAGGUUUGGUUACAAUGUGAAUUGAAACCAGAAUCUGCUAUAAAGCAAUUCUGUUUCUAAAGACUGCAAAAAAGUUUUAAAAAAGUCUUUAGAAAAUAUAAAAAUUAGUCCAAGACAUUGAUGAACUUGGAGCUAAUAGAAGAUAAGAUCAAUCAACUACAUUACUUCCCACACUAAACACUUCUCGAUCCGUAGUGGAACUAGCAAAUCAAGAGAAUAGCUCAUACCAGUAGCUCAAACCCUCACCCGAAAGUGGCUCCCAACGGCUUCGACGGAGGCGACAGGCAACGGCUCCGGUACACCAAAGGAGGAGGACGUCAAGUAACCAGACACGAGCUAUCUCGACGGAAGGCAAACAGAGAAUCCCCAACAAAGCCCCGAUAAAAUGAAGAACAUAAUCAGGUCAAACGCAGGCGGUCUUUGGCUCCUCAUCCGGCCACGCGACACAAACAGACGAUGGCGACAUCAAGGGAUUCAAAGAAGAUUCGUCGGAGUUUAGAAAAGGGAUUGAAGCACAAGAGGAGACAUGAGUCACCUCAAUAAGCAGGCGCAGCUACAGGACUCGAGGGCUCUGUUUCUCAGCGGUAGACAUGGCGCGUUGGGUCGUCCUCAAAACCCUAAUCACCAAAGUCCGAAAGUGAGGAGACGAGCCACCAAAUAGCUGCUGCUGAACACCAUGGUAGUCAUCGAUUGAACUAGAACAGAGGUCCUCCGAGCAAUGGGCCUAGACACCGCCGUUUCUCCUAGACGGAGAGGAGAAGCUCACUGAGACCUUGAUACAAGCUGAAACCCAGAGACACACAGGUACAAGCCAUAGACCAGAGAGGUAGGAGAGGCAGCGACCCACCACCAUCCUCACCGGCGGAGGCAAGAUCAGAUCUGACCCAGAUCUGCUCUGUAUGACAGGGAGAAGCUGAAACGAAAGCUCCUUAGGCUCACCAGCAAGCCCCCACCUCGUCAGUGCUCCAGAGAGACAAACACACACAUGUGUCUCUGAUUAGAUCCGAUGAAACUCGGAAAUCCAGAGAACUGAGCAAGAAAGAAAGGGUAGAGAAGGAGAAGCUAAGGGAAAGGCCGGUGGAACAGCGACAAACGGUGGGGGGUGACCGGAGGUAGAGGAACCCCCAGUCACCGGAGGAGAAGAGGCUUGGCGGAUCUAGGGUUAAGGCGGCUGCGGGGGAGAGACCAGAGGGAGAAUCGCUUCUCUCUCCUCUCUCUAGGCUCAAAAGGAAACAACAUUGCAAAACGAAAAGUCUUUUUUUUUUUUUUUUUUUGUCAACUUGUGGUUUCAUUAACCAGAAGCCCAUUAGGCAAAGAUUACAAACAGACUCAAUUUUUGUCCAAAGCCCAAACACCACAGAUAACUAUUACAUGCUAAAAGACACGUGUGAAGACUCGUGGCGUUAUCUCCUUUGCCGAGGAAGAAGAAAGGCGGUGCCGGAUAACUCGCCGGUAAUCCAUCCAUCUCCAUCUCCGUUCAGUUGAGGCUGUUUGCAUGUUCUUCGUUCCUUCAAUCUUCAGCGAAAGAGAGAUCUUCAAUCCCAAUUGGUAGAGUAUGAGUCCAAAGAACACUUCAAUAGAAACGAGCACAGAAUUUUAUUGGAACACUGUCUAUAUGGCAGCUCCAAUUCAUCUAAAUUCCGGACCGGAUCUCGAAGCUUAUUCCAAACCUCAGAUCUUGACCUUCAUGGAAACUCCUUAUGACUGAAAGUGGAGCUUUAUACCAUCUCCGAAUCAAAAUCUAAGCUUUUCUACCCAAGAAAGAAAUCAAAUCUCUCAAUCAACCGACAUCUCUAUCUACCCAGAAGAAGAAGAACUAUAUCUGAAACUUUAUUUAGGUUCAACACAAAUCAGAGCGAAGAUGAGAUUGGUAAACGGCUCUGAUUUGGCUAACCAUAACAUACCAAAAUCGCCUAACGAAACAGAAAAUCGCCAAAGCGAAAAAACACAGUCGAUCCUUAUGAUCGAAGUUACUUACAAAACAAAAACAAAAAGUCAGUAACCGGCGACUAUAGAGCCGCCGGUCACCGGAACGUUUCUAUGGUUGAGUGUUUCUAGUGAGAAGUCGGAGAAAACGAAAGGAGAGAGAGUUUUUGACUUCUAACCUACAAAACGAAAAGUCUAUUAUUAAAACUCCUCGUAUAAUAUAACCGUCUUAAUUUAGUAAGAAUAAUUAUUCGACGUGAUCAGAAAUUAACAAAAAAAAUGAUAUAUUACACACACGAACACAAAGUGCCACAUACGCAGUAAGCGAGCAUGUAGAUUAACCUACGGUACGCAUCUGAUUUUCUCUUAUUCCUAUUGUCCCGUCGCUUUCUUGCUUUGUUCCAUUCGUCUUCUAAAGUUCGACUGGUAAAGAUUGUAGUUGUUUUCUAUCCAAAACAAGAAGAAGAUUUUUUUGCUAUUUAAAUUGUCAUUAUUAACUUUUAACCGUAAAUAUUUUGUUUGUUACUUAAGACUGUAAUUGUUAUUUUAAAUAUAAAUAAUAAUAAUAAUAAAAACUGUAUAAACUAUGAAUAUUAUUUUAAAUGCUUUAUUAAAACAUAACAUUACAUAAAUAACAAAGAUAUGAAAAAGAAGAAAAAGAUAUUUCAAUAAAAGAAUAGAAAAUAGAAACUUAUUGUUUUGAAAGUCACAUUUAUUAAGAUUUAGAAAAUAAUUAAAAAGAGGAGGAAACAAUAAGAAAAAAUGGCUCUUACAAAUUUAGAAUGAUAACGGUUUUUAAAAAUCUGGUUGGUAAAAAAAACAGUCGUCUAAUCCGAUAAGGCUUGACAGCACUAAUGCAUAUCGGGGCGCAAAUUCCGUAACUUCAUCCAGAAAUAUUCUCUACCUAUAAAAACCAUUAAACAAUCUUUCAAGUCACAUAUCACAAAUCACAAAUCACAAAUCUCAUAUCACAAAACUCAUAGAAUCAAAUCCAAUGGCGUCUCAAGAAACCAUGACCAACCAAAGAGAAGGAGCUGAGAUCGUUAAUGGCGCAUCAAUGUGCAAGCAAAAAGCAAACGAGAUGUUAUCGUCCAUGAAUCUACCAAAAGGACUUCUCCCUCUAGACAACAUGACAGAGAUCGGUUACAACAAAUCAACCGGUUAUAUAUGGAUCAAGAUGAACAACAAUGUUCAGCACCAGUUUAAAGCCAUCGGCAAAAACGUAUCGUAUGAUGCGGAGGUCACUGCGUUCGUUGAGAACCGUAGGAUGCGUGGUCUCACAGGAAUCAAGAGCAAAGAGCUUUUCAUUUGGGUUACGAUCACUGAGAUUUAUAUUGAUGAUCAAGAUACCACGAAAAUCACCUUUGCUGGUCGCUCGGGUUUGUCACGUUCUUUUCCCGUCUCUGCGUUUGAGGAAGAGGAGAAGUGAUAUAUGUCUAUGGUCUGAAAACUUUGCUUCAUAAACUAUGUAUUGUUUCCCUUCUUUUAUUCCAUAAAUAUGUAAUAUGUAUUAUUUAUCUGCAUCUUUCCGAUCAGAAAUACUUAAAACUAUAAUUUUAUAGAAACUUGUUUAUCAAUAUAAUUAUUAUUUUCUAUUUUGAAAAUUUAAUUCAUUAAUUUUCCAUAAUUUAAUUAAGUGUGUCCUUUGGUGUUUAAAAAAAGGAAAAUUCCUUUAAAAUAUUUCAACUAAAUUUUGUUAAGCUUUUUAAUGCCCAAACUUUUUUGCUAUCCAAUUUAAUACCUCAACUAAUUAUUUGGCCAUUUUAAUAUCCAAACUUUUAAAACUGUGUUCAUUUUAAUACCCAAACUUUUUUUUAUUUUAAUCAAUAAUAUCAAUAAGUUUCAAACGAAAUUUUAAAACCUUUAAAAUUCACAAAAAAUCUUAAAAAAUCUAGUUUUAUUUGAAGUCUUAUAAGUAAAAGUAACUAAAUUGUGGAUAAUGUUAAAUUGUAUAAAAAAAUUUAAGUUUUAAAUGUCAAAUUUGUUUUUUUUUUGGAAAUAGUGAGAUUUAAAAGAUUUUUUCUUAGAUUUUAGAGGUUUUUUAAAUUUUGUAUGAAACUUAUUAAUAUUUUUAAUUAAAAUAAAAAUAUUGGGUAUUAAAACGAACACAGUUUUAAAAACGUAUGUAUUAAAAUGAGCAAAAUAAUUAGUUGAAUUAUUAAAGUAGGAAUGAAAAAUUUUGGGUAUUAAAAAGUUUAACAAAAUUUAGUUGAGAUACUUUUAUAGGAUUUUCCUUUAAAAUAAUAAUAUGUGUCUUUUUAGUUUUGGAAUUAUUUGUGAGAAUCAUGUCUAUCAUGGUCAUGGUCAUGGUCAUGGUCAUGGUCAUGGUCAUGGAUAGAAGCACUAGAAUUGUUUUUAAAAAACAGGAUAGAAGCAUUAGAAACUCGUGCUUUCAGCUUUGUAAGAAAAAAACAAUAAUUUGGUUUUAUUAUCUUAGUUGGUUUUCAGGCAUGAGAUAAUUUAUUUAUGAACAAGGUAUAGCUAGGGACGCUGAUACUAGAAUUUAAAAGAAAAAUGUGUUUCUGUGUUUCUCUUGAAACGGCUGAUUUCACUGCUAUCUAAGAACAGCCUUAUUGGUAUAAUAUCUUAAGUGGAGUUCUAAAGUACACAAAAAAUUUGGAGUUUACUUCAUCAGCAAGCUCCAAUUGUCGACUGGCAUAAGAGCUUAUGGUUCAAACACCAUACUCCAAAAUUUGCUUUCUUUACUUGGUUAGCUAUUCAAAACCGUCUAACAACUGAUGACCGAAUGCUCCUAUGGUCUUCUAGUGUAAACCCAGCGUGUGUGUUUUGCAACCAGCUGGAAACUAGAGAUCAAGUUUUUCGUAUAAAUUGUUUAAUAUUAAAAUAUGAAAACAUGAAUUGCUGUGACGAAAAAUCUACGACUAGUCGAUUACAGGUAAAGUAUAAACACACAAAAAUUAUUAAGGAGGGACAUAAUAUACAUAUGUAUGGGAUCUUGGGGUCGAGUAGUAAGGAGAAAGACUUGGAAUGCAACACGUUUCAGGUUCGAUCCGCCUGUUACGUUAAACUAAGUCAUAUUACUCAUGGACAUUAACAUGAAUAUGAGUUUUUGCUUUCAACCUAUUUGAAUACCAGAGAAAGAAUCUAUCCAUAAGCUGCACCUUUCCAGUAUGAGUUAUUCUAUAGGUUCAUAAUUCAUGUUAAUAAAAAAGAAUGUAUAGUUUAACUCUUUGAUGAUAAUUUUCAUUUUAAACAAAAAGUUUAGGAGUUUGUUUUUAUUGAAAAAAAAUGUAAUGUAAACUGAUAAAAAAAGUGUCAGUUAUCGAAAUUUGAAUGUAUUUGUAACAAUAAUCUUAGUCUUUUUUUAAAUAAUGAUUUAAGAUAAAUUUGUAUUUGAUUAGAUUUUCUAUAAUAAGAAAUCUUCAUAUUAUACAAUAUAAUUUACUAGAGAAAUGAUUUAUACCAGAGAAAUGAUUUACUUUGUGUUUAAAAUUAUAAAAUAUGGCUCUAAAUUUUAAUGUUCACUAAACAUAAAAAUAUUUAAAUGCUGCUUUUUAAAUCAGAUGUUUCAAGUUAUUUUUUUAUUAAUGAAUGUGUUUGACAACAAAUUUGUCAUAAAUUUAAAGAUAUAUUUUUAUUCAUAAUAUUGUUUUGGUUGUUUGGCAACUCAUGUAAGUUUGUUUAUGACUAUUUUUGCCAUUAUUUACGAUUUUAUAAAAUCUUUUUUUUUGUAGCGUAAACUGAUAUAAACAAAUUUCAGUUAUAUAAAUUUCAAUUUAUUUAUUCGCAAUAAUAUUAGUCAUUUAUUAAAACUGAUAUAGGAUAAAUUGGUAUCCCAUUUGAUUUUCUAUUAUAAAAAAUAUUCAAAUAUAUUAAAAGCUAUACUUAAAAAAAAGAUAUAAUAUGGGUCUAAGUUUUGAAUGUUCAAAAAUGUAAAAUAUUUUAACGCUUCUUUUUAAAUCGGAUAUUUCAAAUUUAAUUUUUACUAUAGAAUGUGUUUGACAACAAAUCUAUCAUAAGUUUGAAGAUUUAUUUUUUAUUUAUAAUAUCGUUUUGAUUGUUUGACAACUGAUGUAAAUUGGUUUAUAGUUAUUUUCAUUUUAAAUAAAAUUAGAACGAUCUUUUUUUAUCUUUGAGAUUUUUAGAUUUUUUUUUUGAAAUGAUGACUUUGUGAGAAACUAAUAUUUUGCGAUUGAUUAUGAUUUAUAACAAAUUUAUAACCUCUUAUAAAAGUAGUUUAUACAUUUAUAAAAUAACUUAAAAGUUAUAGGAAUUUUAACUCUUACAAAAUUUUUUAAAGAAGUUUAAAAUCAUUAUAAUAUAUUAAUAAUCCUAAUAAAUGGUAAAAAUAAUUUAUUAUCUCUUAUAAAUAAUUUAUAAACUUUCACAAUGAUUUAAGACUUCAUAAAAUAGUUUUAUAAAUACUAUUGAUGUUUUUCAUUUUAAAUAAUCUACAAGCAUGUUAAACUUCAUAAAUAUAUUCAUAAGCUUCUCUAAAUGAGAUAUUAUUCUUUAUAAAUGGUUUUAUAAAUCUUUAUAAAUUAUUUUUUAAACUAUUAUUAAUUAUAAAAUAUUCAUUAUUGUUAAUUUAAAAAAAUGAUUAGAUAUGAAUUGGUAUAAAUAACUUCUUAGUAUUCUUAUAAAUGAUAUAUUAAUCAUUAUAAAUUAUUUUGAACUCAUGUAAAUAAUUUAUAAACCCGUUUUAUAGCUAACAUAUUGAAAUAUAUAUAUAUAUAUAUGAAUAUUGCGAUUUAUAUAGGAAAAUAAAGCUAUUUUAACACUGAUUUGCAAUAGGGAAACAAAUCUAUUAUAUUAGCUUUUAUUAGUUAUUAUUUAAAUGAUAUUAAUGGUUCUAUAUUGCCUUUUUAAAACAUGAUUAAAAUAAAUAAAAUCUAAAAUCAUCAAUUAAUUAAAUUAGAACAACUUCUUUAAAUUUACCUAGGAUUUACAACUAUGCAAAGUUACUUCAGUGACUUUUCGUUUAAUAUAUAGGAGAAUUGAUGUUACAACUUUUUAAAAGAUCAUCAAAUAAUAUAUUGGGGAUAAGAUAAAGGUAAGAAUACAAACAUCUUAUUCAACUGUAUUAAAUUAUCUUAUAUAAAUUUCAGAUUUUGGUUCAAAAAAGUUAUUUCUUUUUGACAAUACAUUAAUACAUGGGCAGUUUGGUGUGAUUUCACUGCUAUUAUCUAAGCAUCUUCAUCAAUUCCAUUCCCCCUUUUAUCAACCAUCAGUCUUACCUUCCAAUAAGAUAAAGGUAAGAAUGCAAAUAUCUUAAACUCUAUUAAAUUAUCUUCAUUAAAUUUUAGAUUUCAACGAAAAAAAGUUAUUUCUUUUUGACAGUACAUUAAUACAUGUGCAGUUUGGUGUGGUUAUAUAUAUGUACAAGUAAAAUCACAUAGAUAUCCAAUACAUACCAAUUUUCGUAUAAUUUCAUUACCAUUUACAAACAAUGAUAAAAGUUUAUCUAUUGUUAAAAGUCAUUUUCAUAAUUUUAUCUGUCAUUGCGGUGCAUCACCUUCCUGUAGCAUCCUCUAAACAAUGGUGCAUAGCAAAUUCGACGGAGACAGAUGCAGGACUACUAUUAAAUAUAUAUUUAGGGUGCGGACAUAAAUUCGUCGAUUGUAGACCAAUCUACCAUGGUGGAUCUUGUUUCGAACCUGAUACUCUCAUUAGCCAUGCGUCAUUUGUGAUGAAUGCUUUUUUCCAACUCCAUAAUCGCACCAAAGAAUAUUGUGGUUACAACAGUACUGGCAUAAUCACUAGCACUGACCCAAGUUAUGGUUCAUGUGUGUAUUAUGUAUCUUAGAAAUAUACAAUUAGUUUUAAUAAUUUAUCCCUAGAAAUCUUUGCGGUGGGUAUGUGACCAACAUAAUUAUGUAAUGUUGCAAUAUGGAAUCAAAAUUAAUAUAAUUUAAUAAAAUAAUGAUGAUGAUUUCGUAUU